AUGGGAGUGCUCGGCAAGGGUAUAGCUGCGGCAAAGACUUCCCAACUAGCCGUCCCCGCUGCUGAAUCUGCUCGACCUCGAGGGAACCUUGGCAGCGAAAGAGCUUGCGGCUGCGGCAGUGCUCGGCGCUUGCACCGGGCUUUCGCUUCGAGGGGGAGGCGUGCUGCGCUGGGGUUGCGGGGAGGGGCACCCGCGGUGUCGGACCGGUACAACGCGCGGAUGCAAGUCAUAAUAACGAGGAACAUGCGAAAGGUUUUGAUGGACGAGCUCGGCUAUGCCGCGGAUGAGGUGGACGACAUGGACCCUCAGAUAGCGGCGGUUGUGAUCGAGAAGUCGCUGCCCAGGCCACGAGCAGGCAUGCCGAUCGCGUGGCGGCGGAGCAUCAGGCAGACGGGAAGCUCCUCCAACCCCGUCCAACUCCUCGCCGGAGCUGUCCUUGCCGCGGUAGGGGCCGUCGUAAACGGAGCCGUGGCGGUGUCGGCGUUCCCAUUUGUUGCCGCGGGGAAAGGGAUCGGGGCGGCGAAGGCGGGUGGGGUCAAGGGGGCCGCGGUGACGUUGCUGGCGUUGAGCGUGGUGACGGCGGUGCUCGUGACGUCGUCAGCGUUGGGCGGGGAUGCUGACGAUAAAUACCCCGGAGCGGCCUGCCUCCGAUCGUUAGGCGAGAACGUUGCAUCUGCAAAGGCCUUGGUGCUGUCGAGGGGAAAGGGCGGCGGCAGAACCAGCACAGACAGACUGGAUGGUAGAAACGGCCGUGUUGUCACCUCUGGUGAUACCGCGAAGACAACGGGAAGUGCUGCGGCACGGCGAUGGUAA